AUGUCGGAUCGCCCCGCGUAUCACCUCGUCCCCGGGCGCGAGGACCCGCCGACGAACCACGAUCCGCCGCCGAUGAACCCGCCGCUCGGUCACCGCUCGAGCGACCACGUCGGCAGCGUCCGGCUCCUCGAAGCUCUGGGCGCCCCCUCCCGUCGCGACGAUGGGGAGCCCGAGAAGGGCGCUUCGAUCCUGUCCAGCUCGGGCGCGGGCGGGACGAAUCGAAACGCGGAGCCCGCGAUACUGUGGGGUAUCCCGCUGCGAUUCGCGGACGAGCGCCGACUCGCGUACUUUUUGGGCGGCGGCGCCGUGGCGUGCUACCUGGCGUUCACGGCGACGCAGGAGGGGGUGUUCGCGUCGAUGGGGGGCGCGCACGGCGGGAUGGUGACGCUCGUGACCACGGCGGUGUACUGCUGCCUGGCGUUCGGCGAGCGCGUGCGAAGCGGAGAGACGCACCGGAAGGGAACGUGGAGGGACUACCUCAUCCUCGCGGCGAUGACGAGCGGGGGGAUGUACGCCACGAACGCAGCGCUCGCGUACCUAAACUACACCACCCGCAUCGUCGCCAAAUCGUCCAAGGUGAUCCCCACGAUGCUGCUCGGGACGGUGAUGCAGGGGCGGCGGUACAGCGCGUCGGAGUACCUCGCCGCGGGGAUGCUCGUCCUCGGCAUCGCCCUGUUCACCAUGGGAGACGUGGACACGCUCCCGUCGUUCGAGGUUAAAGGGAUCGUGCUCAUAGCCGUCGCGCUGUGCCUGGACAGCGCGGCGGGAAACUUCGAAGAGCGGAGGUUCUUCAACGUCCCGGACCCGGUGCACCACGCCGAGGUUGUGUACCACGCCAACCUGAUCGGCAUGGGGCUCACGUGCGUCGGGAUGUGGCUCAGCGGCGAACUGUGGGUAUCCGUCGCGUUUGUCGCCUCGAACGUGACGUCGACGCCGCUCAUGGCCGUCGCCGCCGCGUUCGGCUACCUGAGCGUCAGCUUCAUCUUACUCUUAAUCCGGCACUACGGCGCCGCCAACACGGAGGUGGUGAAGAGCAUGCGGAAGAUGGUAUCCAUCGCGCUGUCCAUGACGCUGUACCCGAAGCCGUGGGACUGGAAGUACGGGGCGGGCGCGGCGAGCACCGUCGUGGGAUUAUACGCGCUGUACGCGAUCAAGAGGAGAAAGUACUUGGCCGCGGGGCCGGGCGGCAGCAUGGAGGCGGCCAAGUGA